CUCAUCCUCCUCCAGCCAGCGACCCCCCGUGCAUCUGUCCGACAGAGCCGCGCAGUUUCUGGGAGAUUUCCCGGAGUUUGGAUAUUCGUCCUCGGAACUUGGCGGCGCGCCCCUGGGAGUCCAGCUCACAUGUGACAUCAAGCCAGGUGAGAAUGAAGUUCCCUCCGAGGACGCCCUCAUCCUGCACCUGCAGCUGGCCAAGGGGCAGGAGAAGCUGGUGGAGGCCCUGCGCGCCCAGCAGAUGAUCAUCCGCGACCUGCAGCAGAAGCUGGUCGACCAACAGGACGCCCUCCUGUCCCAGCAGCGGGAGAUCCUGGAGCAGCAGCGGGGCAUGUACGAGCAGAUGGACGUGGUGAAGAACCAGUACGGCCUCCUCUCGGACACCGUCAAGCAGGUCUCCUUCCAGGGCCUGCAGGGCGAGCUGCAGAGCUACUUCCAGAGCCACCUGGCCGGUCUGCAGAGCCAGGCCCGCAGCCACCUGCAGAAGUCCUACGCCGUCCACAAAAUGGACGCCGACACGAAGGUGAUGGACGCGGUCGGGGAGGCGAACUUCCCUCGACCUCUGCUGGGCUGCCCUUCGCCCUGCGGCCCCGACGAGUUCUGUGAUUUUCAGAGGGACCCGCCUCAGUGUGAGAAGUGCACCAUGUGUCCGCCUGGCUUCUUCCUCAUCUCACAGUGCUCGUCCACCGCAGACCGCAUGUGCCAGGAUAGAGAUGAAUGCCUUGAGCUACCAAACAUUUGUGGGGAGCGAGUGAAGUGCCUGAACACCCCAGGAGGCUUCAGGUGUCUGGGGGUCUCUGAGAGGGAAGUGGAGAUGGGCGUGUGCGGCCACGACUACUUCUUCAACCCGGAGCUGCAGGAGUGCCAGGCGUGUUCGGACUGUGACGGAGAGUCUGUCUCUGUCCCGUGCUCGGCCGUCAGCGACACCGUGUGCAGCCAGAGUUCAGAGAGCCGCCUGUCUCAGUCCUGGGCGGCGAACGUGGUGGUCCCGUCCGCGAGGGGGUCCGGCACCAACAUCUUCCAGGGGCUUCAGCUGAACAUCCGAGAGAAGGAGAGCGGCGACCUGCUGUCCAACGAAGCCGGGCAGGUGAGGUUCCUGCAGCACGGCCUGGUGUGGCUGGACCAUAACUUUGCGUUAAAACACAGCUGCAGGAACUUCCUCCAGGUGGGGAUGAGGCUCAACGACAGCCAGGAGGAGGAGGGGCGGGAUCUCAGCGGCGUUCGCAUCGAGCAGCCCGAUGGGAAGUACUUCCAGGGGGUGAGCGUCAGCAGCGGAGUGGAGGUGGAGCCUAAUCACACCUUCACGCUGCUGCUGAAGAGUCCGAAUCAACACUGCAACCAGAGCAAAGACCUUCACGUGUACGACGUCACCGCUCCGUCUUUGAGUCUCCUCUGGUUGUCUCAUGAUACCGGCGCCGUCGCCAUGACGGCCCAGAUGUCCCUGUUGGUCCACUACCAGACCAGCUACCGCCCGACGUUCCGUAUGACCUCGGUGUCUGACCCGUACAUGAUCAGCCUGACCCACGACAGCCGCGGCGUGCGCUUCACGGAGAGCGGCGUGGUGAAGUUCGUCCUCCAGCAGGCGCUCUACUCCAUGGGCCACACCUGCAUUCGAGAGGGUUUCUCCCUGAUUGCGUUCACUAACCGUAACGGGACGGGUGUGGAGGCGACGCAGGCCUUCAAGACAGGCGUCAACUACCGGGACACGUCCAUCACCCUCUCCGGGGCGAUGGGCGUGGACAGCCGAGACACACUCACCUUCGAGAUCACCUCGCCCUCCCAGUGCAACAUCCGCUAUUUCGGGGACAGCACCGGGAUCAGCAUGCUGAGCCUCAUCUGGAUUCCUUCGGCCGUGUCUUCGGCUUUGACCGCUACCGUGUGCAGGACCGGCCUCCCCACCGGAGCGGUGAGGAACAAACCGCUGUUGUUCCAGCAGAUCAGCUCGGACACGCCGCAGGUCCACUUGGCCCGGUCGGGCGAGCCGAGCAGCCGGAAGAACUUUAUAUUCCACGAGAGAGGGACAGCGAACGUGGCCCUGAACCUGAAGCUGAUCCACUCGUGUAACAUAGUAAAACUCACGUUGCAGAAGGUGGCCGGUCGGAGUGGGCAGGCGGGUCCUGUGGCUCAGCAGGUGUCCGGGUACAUGCCUGAGGGCAGCACCUGGGCCAGCAUCGGGCUCCGGGCCUCGUUCCAGGUGCAGAACGGCACGGCGGUGUACGUGACGCUGGACUGCAUCCGAGGACGUGUCAACCAGAUCACACACGAGGGAGGCACUAACAUCUCGAUCCUCUGGGUGGCGCUGUGACGCCUCCCGGAGCCUGAACGUCACUAAAACAGUUUGUGAGAAGACAGACGGACACUUUUGCACAGUUUUGAAUCGCAGAGCAGAUUCAACAAGUUACCAAAUCCAGGAAAAAUGCUGGUUGAUGAAAAAAAACGUAUUCCACAUAUUUUGUCAUAUUAUUGUUUUAAAUGUGUAUUUCAUCACUUUAUAGAUUUUUAUUGUGAAAUAUUUUUCGUGUAUGAUUUUAAACAAGUACUGAUUUUUCUUGAAGUACUUCGGCUGGUUGAGCAGUGACCAAUUCUUAAUUGAAUGUCUGUGUGUAAUGUAUGUGUGUGUGUACAUCUGUGUGCACUGGUGCUUGUAUAGAGAGUGUGUAUGUGUGUGUGUGUGUGUGUGUGUGACACAUUUGCAUGCCGACUUUUGCGUGUGUGUACGAGUGUUUUGAUAUGUAUAUCCCUCCAUCCCUGCAUAUACUUAACAUACAUACUGUAUGUAACAAAACCUUUUUGUAUUAUAUCAUUAGACGUAUAAAAGCAGUAGUUUGGUAUUUAGGGAAAUAUGGUUAUUCAUUUCAUUGACGAGAGUAAACGUAUGGGUAAUAAACAGCAAGUCUAUCUCAGAGGAUCGAUACCACACCCAGUAGUCAAUUAGCUUAGCUUAGCAUAAACACAGGAAGGGGGGAAACAGCUAUUCUUGCAACAAUAAUGCGCAAUAUUUGACAUAUUUCACUUGUUUAAUCUGUACAAAUUCUGUGAAAUGGCAUUUUUGACAAGUGUUUUGACAUUUGAGCAGAUGUUUAUGUGAAGACUGGUUGUUUGGCUGGGACCAGUAACUUCCCGGACUCCAUUCUGAUGGGGUCACAACCACUUUUUCACAGAGUUCUUUUGUGUGGAUUAAACUAACCGGUGCUAUUUUUUGAAAACUUUGGGAACAGAGUCAGGCCGGCCGUUUCUUUUCAGUAUUUGUGCUAAGCUAAGCUAAAACGCUGCUCUUGACAGCUUCAUCCCAUUGAGCCAAUCCCAGGCUGAGCUUCCUAUUUACCGCACAUGCUAGAGAGUGGUAUCAAUCAUCAGAAUGUGCACAUUUCCCCAAUGUUGAAUUAUUCAUGUGGCGCUCUGAAGAGAAUGCAAUGUCGUUAAAUUUCAAUAAGAAAGAGUUUUUGUACUUGUGAUGUUUUUGAUGAUAUUUAUUUGCCUUUCUUACAACAGGACUUUUGUAUUUACACUAUGAAAUGCUUAUAUUUGGUUUAUAUGGUAACGCACUGAGUAGACAGUGUUGAUGUUCAAGUACUUGCAGUGAUAGCCUCUGUGAUUUGCACAAGUAUAACAGUAUUAUGGAAUGUGCAAACAUCAUCCUUUGUUUGUGGAGAGCUGCCCAUGCAUAUCGUCCCUAAUUGCCUUUGUCUGUGUUCUGUCCUCUGAAACAAUUAGGCAUAAAUAAGUGAUUCGGGAAGUUGGCAGUGCUUUAUUCUCCCAUCAUUGUGUGUAAUGAAAUUCUUUGUUUGUGUUGCCUGGCUCGCUGCACAUUUCUUGUGGAACAUCGAAGCAUGUAUUCUCUCCUUCAGCACCAAAUAAAAUGUACAUAUACUGUG